GGCGUUUCUGCUGUGGAUAUGGUUAGCAUUCGCAAUUCUCUCAGUCGUUCCCGUGUCUUUAGGGCUGAGAGCUGUGGAGGAACUGCGGCUAUUGCUGGGAAGGAGAGUGAAGUGACGGUUAGAGAAGUGUGCUUGCUCCCUUCCAUGCACGCCAGACUCCGGCAGGCUUCCAGCACUCUGACAAACAAAUUCCUGAGGACAGAAGUGCAGCUUUAAUAUCCCCCUUCAGGCUGUGUCAUCUGAAACUUUUUAAAAUAAUAUACAAAAAAAGUCAUAUGAAGUUCAGUGAGAACGUGAGGCCUGUCUGCUUUUUGCUCCUAAGCACUUGAAGUGUAACCCUGUGUGUUAUCUUGGAGAAGGUCAUAUUGAAUGUUGCAGAACAACAUACGAGUUCCUCCUUCUGGUCUUGAUGGAAUGUUUUCAUUUGUGUGUGCUGCUGCAUUUUUGAAACUCUGUCUUUGUAAUUUAUAGAAGUUUCCUGUCUGACCAUUUUUGUGGUCUCUUGAAGGGAACUUGAAGGAUCAUUUACUGAAUGUAACUGGUGCAGGUGCAGUUACCAGAGUUCCCACAAUCACCAGUUCAUACAGUGGAAACAGUUAUAAAAGCAGAAGGUUAUGCUGUAUAUAUUUUAUAAACAUAGACACUGACAGUGAGGACAGAUGUAUGGUGAAGUAGAUGUUUGUGAGUGCGUGUGUGUGUGUGUGUGUGUGUGUGUGUGAGAGAGAGAGAGAGAGACAUGCGCCAUGGAAACCCCCAUAUCUCCUACAGUACUGAAGUCUUUCAUCCGGCUGUGGGCUGCUGCUCCUGAACUAAGCAGAGAGAUGAAUUGUGCUGUGAGCAUGCUGACUGCCUCACUCAUCUGCCCUCCUGCCCUGUUGCAUUGUGUACAGUGGCCAACUGGUUGGGUCUGUCACUGCAGGGGGUCAGGUGGUGAAUCUGAUGAACCAACGCUUGCAGACUGGGUUCUCAGAGUCUGAAGUGCUGCAGAUCUUCUGUGAUACCUGUGAAGCUGUGGCCCAGCUGCACCAGAGCAAAGUGCCCAUCAUCCACCGAGAUCUGAAGGUGGAGAACAUCUUGCUCCAUGAGCGUGACCACUACGUCCUGUGUGACUUUGGCAGUGCCACCAGGAAGUUCCAGAACCCCCAGAACGAUGGGGUCACCGCAGUGGAGGAGGAGAUCAAGAAGUAUACCACACUGUCUUACCGUGCCCCUGAGAUGGUGAACCUGUAUAAUGGUAAACUCAUCACCACCAAAGCAGAUAUCUGGGCUCUGGGCUGUCUGCUCUAUAAGCUGUGUUAUUUCUCGUUGCCGUUUGGAGAGAGUCAGGUGGCUAUCUGUGACGGGAACUUUACCAUUCCGGACAGCUCUCGAUAUUCCCAUGAUAUGCACUGUCUGAUCCGCUAUAUGUUGGAGCCGGAUCCCGAUAAAAGGCCGGACAUCUAUCAGGUGUCCCACUUUGCUUUCAAGCUGGCCCGGCAGGACUGUCCUGUGCAGAAUGUCAAGAAUUCUCCACUCCCUGCAAAGCUCCCUGAACCGGUCAGAGCGAGUGAGGCAGCGGCUAAGAAGAGCCAGACACAGACAAAGGCCAGGCUCACAGAUCCCAUUCCCACCACUGAGACCUCAAUCACCCCUCGGCAAAGGCCAAAAGCAGGCCAGUCCCAGCCUCAGCCUAUAGGGGGUGCCCUGCCCCUGCAGCCUGCUGCCCUCACUCCCCGCAGGAGAGCCAACCUUCCAGCCAGCCCUGCACAGCCCAUAGCUGUGACAGUGAAUUUGCCUCAGCCUGUUGCAGUGCUGCAGACGCCCACCAGCCAGCCUCAGCUCAAACAGCCCGUGCAGCCAAUCCCAGCUACAUCCGCAGCACCAGGAGGCGGAGCUCCAGCAGUGACUAGCCCCGCCCCAUCAAGCCCAGCCCCACCCACCGCACCAGCACGCAGUGCUCGGCGCAAGCAGACUGCGGCAGCACAACAACAACAAACGCAGCAGCAGCCGCCUCUGCCUGUGAUUGGCCCAGCCGUCCAGAUGCCACACCCACCGCAGCCGUCUGCACCGCCCCCCGUUCCAACUCCGCCCACUCCACCCAGCACGGAGGAGAUGCCUGCAAAACCUGGCCUCUCUCAGACUCCGCCCUCCUCCCCAAGGACGGCUCAGAAGGCAGGCCAUAGGCGGAUCCAGAGUGAUGUCACGCACAGCGCCAUGUUUGGUGUUCCUGUGAGCCAAUCAACACAGCAGCUCCAGGCUGCCACAGCCGAGGCCAAUCUCAACAAGUCCAAGUCAGCCAGCGCCACACCCUCCAACUCGCCCCAGUCCUCCCAACAGUGUGUGUAUGAGCCUGGCCAGCAGGGCGGCACUGUAGCCCCCUCGACCCCACAGCCGCCCACUUCAGCCAGCGGCCCUGAGCAGCCCCAGUGGAACCCAUUUGGCGACGACAACUUCUCCAAGCUCACGGCCGAGGAGCUGCUGAACAAGGACUUCGCCAAACUCGCUGACGAGUCUGCAGAACCCGUGAGUGUGCCCACAGAGGAGCUUGUCCCUGGGCUGGACUCCACUGACCCCAACCUCCAGCCUGCAGCUGAAAGACCUGCCGAUAUUCUGGGUUUGGAUUCAGGUGCUAGUUUGCUGGCUGUUCCAGAAAAGCUUAUAGAAGGCCUGAAGUCUCCAGACGCGUCUCUCAUGGUGCCUGACCUGCUGUCUUUGGCCGAUCCCUUUGGCAGCUCUGUGGAGGACACAAUAGAGGCUGGUAUUGAGGUGUGUGUGGACUCACUGAUUCCUGGCCUGGUGGCACCUCAGACGCACCCUGUGCAGACAGACACAGCCGUGAUGAUGGCUGGUCAGCCUCUCUGCUGUCACUCACUAGAUGCUCUGAGUGGAGAAGACUCUCUUCUGGGCGGUCCCCUGUCCUCUGGCUCCGCCUCCUGUCUAGAUGAGUUUGCACCUGUUUCAGGAGGCUCUGCCCACAGUGUGACGGACUCGUCGUGUCUGAUCUCUGGCUUUGACACCGGUGCGGAGGAGGCGGCGGGAGACGACUUUGACCCCAUUCCUGUGCUGGUGUCCAAGACCUCGCAAGGUCAGCCGGUCGGCGUGAACGGGUUCCCACCAGGAGGCUGCAUCCGCCAGGGUUCUGGAGACUGGAACAGCCCAAGAGCCCUGGAGGAGGAAGACAACGACAUUCUCUCCACCUGCCGUGGCUCCAAACCGCUCCUGCUGGCUGCAAGGCUCAUCAGCCCCCCCUGUGGACCGCAGCCAGCGGGCCUGGAGCACUGCCUCUCGCCCCCGCUGGAUGUGUUCUACAGUGCACAGUUUCCUUGCGGAGGCGCGGACGUGUUCAGCACCGCUCCGUUCCCACACAGAGCGGCGGCACCGCCGGACGUCUUCGUCCAGGCCCCGUUCGGACCGCGUAAGGAGAGCCCUCUCUCCCAGGCCUCCGAACUGGCUGCCCUCCACCUGGUAACCUGCCCUGCACCCCAAGACCUGGUGCCACGCCCACUGGGGCAGAGCCACACACGAUUUCCAAGCUGUACAGAAACUCCCGUCCUCCAGCAGCCAAUCGUAGCGCACCGUGUGGUCUCCAGUGUGGGCCAGCCAAUCGCAGCGCACCGUGUGGUCUCCAGCGUGGGCCAGCGAGCGGCAGUGGGCUCGGUCCCUGUAGGCCCCCUCCACUCCUGGACCGUGGGGCUCCGGGCAGUCAGUGACCCCUUCCAGACAGCACCCUUUCAGCCCAGGGGACCCCAAGGGAAGCCAUAAUGUUGGGGAUGUGCAGCCACACACAUGCACAAGAUGCUUGGAGAGGAGUUCCUGCUGUUCCUGCAAGGCAUGUGUGUCAUACUAGCAGGGUGUGUGUAUACGCGCGCACACACAGGUGAGCUUAACUGUGUGUGUGUGUGUGUGUGUGUGUGUGUGUGUGUGUGUGUGUGUGUGUGUGUGGGCGUGGCUGUAGAUAGGCACAUCCCCCUUGUAGCAGUAGUGAUGUGGUCCAGGGCCCCUCCCUCAGACUACCUCAGCUUUCUGCUGUGUUUGCCCCUACAUAGCACUUUAUUUCUGCUUAUGCCAAACCUACACAAAAUGAUUCCUUGUAUCCAGAGCAGUAUUGAGUCUUAUACAUAUCCAGUGCUGAAGAAGGAAAAUGUGAAUAUGAAGAUUAGUUGCAUGUAGUGUCUUUUUUUUUUUUUUUUUUUUUUUUUUUUUUUUUUUUAAUUGUUCGCUACAUGUUUUGUUUCUUCUCAUCACAAAAAUCAAACCUCAAAUUCUGACUACACAGCUGCUGAUUGGCUGAAGGAACCCAAUCUCUGGGGAGAUCUGAUUUGUCCUCGGUCUUUGCACUAAGCCUGUCUUUGCAGUGUCUCUAAUGAGAGCUCGUCACAUUGAAGCUGACUGUUAUCUGUGAGUGUUAAGAGGCCUUAGUGAGACAUUGUAACACUGUUCUCUUCGACCUGUCCGCAGCAGGGUCCAGAAACAGUCAGUUGGACCUAACACAGGUGUCCUGCUUCAACACCUAAUUCUGGCGCUCGCAGGGGACGUGUGUUACAGCAGGACAGGUGCCCAACCCUGCACCCCUACUUUAGAUUGUGCAACCAUCUCGCAGUACUGUAGUGACGCGACGUCUUGUCUGCACAAGUGACGUCUUAUUUGUAGUUAGGCUGAAUUCUCCAGACCAGGUGUACAAAGGAUCCGUUACACAUGGUGAAGUGAAGAUCAUCCAUGCUUGGGUGGGAGUGUUCCUGCUCAAGACUGUACCACGAUGCUUAUUGUUCAGAUAAAGGCUUUAUGGUUUAGAAAUCUUGUGUUUCUCAUUUUUAUAUCCAACUGACCCAACUCAGACACUUUUUUUUUUUUUUUUUUGUGUGUGUGUGUGUGUGUAGACCUUUAGUCUGGGACUAAGGUUUGACGUCUUGGUCAUUUUGUCAAAUUGUUAGUUCUUCAUUUCAGAGCUGCAUGGUGGAGAUUUGACUCCAGCAUUCCCUGAGAUGAUUAUCUGUCAGAUCGUCAAGUCUCACAGACGUUUACGCAAGCUGCUGUCGAUUUGCUGCUAAACGUUUUGUAGCACAAAUAUUGACGGCUGUGAUCAGUCAGGUUUUUAUCCGAUUUAGACUCUAUCUCUUUGUACUUCUUUUUUUGUUUUUUUGUUUUUUCUCCCCUUCCUCGCGAGUCCUUUGAAUUCGGAGAGUGUGGACAGUUGCUCUGUGCUCUCGGCGAAGUCAUCCGGUGUGACGGUGUUCUCCGGCUGGUGACACUCUGGCCAACGGGAUUCACAUUGACAAGUUGGAGAUUGAGGAAGGGGAGAAUUGUUCAGGCUGAAGUCAUUCUCAGUGAAAAUUGAUGCAACAGUUUUCAAUUUAAAUUAUCCAAGAAAUGACACAGCUGUGACUUCCUUUCCUCAGUCUGGUCUCUGAUUCACCAGACUCUCCAACCGUUUUCACACCAAUCAGUCGUCUGAAAUUUGUGUGUGUGUAUCACUCCCACAGAGAGGGGUGGAGUCUGAUUCACUCCCACAGACUGUUGGAGCCAUGACUGAAAGACACAAUGGCCUGAGUACAGUAGGUAUCUGAUGUAGUAUAAAGUGAGAUUAACUGGUGUUCUCUUUGGUCUGAUUAGCAGAAACAGCCUCUCCCAAACACCAAGACCACUGCUCCUGCCAUGAUCAUGAAUAACCGUGCAUUUACAUCAGACAUUUACUGCCUUGUCAGGCAGCGGAACAUCUACAGUGACUCAUCCCUGAUAGCGUGCUGUUAGAUUGCGUUUCAGUCGGUCAUACCCACUCGCUGUGGUGUCAGUUUCUGUGUCCCUCUUCUUUCAUUCCAACACCUUCCUCAGUUUGGUUGAAAUCAGGACGAACGCUUCUGUAAGAGCAGACUGGUGAUUUUGAGUAGUGGCUCUGUCUUCAUCCAGUGCUUUUUUCGUGAAUCAUCUGGUCAGCUAGUUCUCACAGCCACUUUUAUGGGGUGAGCGGAGUACUGGUGUGCUGGAGCAGCUCCAGGCCUUUGGGUGCAGUCUCGGUUUGGUAGCUUUCUAAAAGUUUCCCUCCUCACAUUUCAAAGCAAAAGCUCGUGAUCUGACAGCAUCAGAUAAACAGUUCAUGUUUUUCCUGGAUUUGACCAAUUUUGUGUGUGUGUGAGAGCGAGAUUAUAUAAAUACACUGGCCACCAUAAAUGGAAAUUGGACAGGUGACCCUGGAGUGCGGCAUAAACUCUGGUGGCUGUGUUUCGUGGAUCAGUUUCAGUGUGAGUCCACAUUAGAAUGUGGCAAAUUGAGAGAUCUAAGCAACUUCAGUUGAAGGUUGGUUAUCAGUGUUAAACUAGACUGGGCUGGUGUUUGUUAGUGCCAACCAUGUGGAGUGUUCUCAUGCUGAGUGUAGUGUUGAGUAUACUGACAAUGGUGUGAUCAAGAAAAAACCUCCAGCAAACGUGUAUCCUGUGGACAUAAACAACUCGUCAGUGACGGGUUAGAGGAGGAUGUGAAGACUGCAGCUCUGUACUGGUGCUCCUACUAACAUGUACAACACGCUCCUUAGCAGAGAGGGGCUAUAACAGCAGACGAUGGGUGUGAGUGACGCUGAUGUCUAAGGGAAACAAAAGGACUGGAUCACUGAGCAGUGGAGAAACAUCACCUGGUCAGAUGAGUCCAGAUUUCUGUCCACCAUGCUGAUAGGAGGGUCAGAAUUAGGCACAAGCAGCAUGAAUCAAUGAGCCCUUCCUGUCGGACGUUAACAGUCCAGGCUGGUAGAGUUGGAGUGAUGGUGUGGGGAGUGUGUUCCUGGCACAUCCUGGGUCCUCUACCUGUGGAUGGACGUUUAGACAGUAGCAUUGUGGCAAACCAAGCUCCUCCCUUCAUGGCAGCUGUUUACCCUGUGGCGGAAGGACACUUUUAGCAGGACAAUACACCCUGACACAGGGGUCAUGGAUCAGUUCCAGGAACAUGAAGGCGAGUUUUCCUUCUCUAGUCCCCAGAUCUUAGUCCUGUAGAGCAUCUCUGGGAUGAGAGAAAACGGGCUGCUCGGAGCUCUCUGUCUAGUACCUUCAUCUCACUUUCUAGUAUUUGUUAGUCAUUAAUAGCAUCACAUGCACCACCCUUGUUUAACUACCUCAAUAUCUGAGACUGAAACGAUUGAUGGUGUCUAACAACUCUCAUUCUGAAUUUAUGAAACUGGAUUAUUACGCAGUUCACCAGUGUGGGAAAAGUCUUAAAGCUGCACACGCACUGAUGUAUAAGAUGUGGUUGUUUAUUUACUUUAUUGUAGGAUCUAUAUUGUCUUUAAGAAAUAAUAAAGCUCAUUCAUAAAGCUCUGCUUGAUAUUACAGGGCUCUUAAUGGCCAA